AAGGCUCAAGGGCCUGACCCUCUGCCUGGUCACCCCUUCCGUAGGCACGGGGGCGCGGGAAGGUCUUCUUAUCCUCGACCUCUGGCGAUCGCUCGAUCAAUCGAGCGAUCGCCAGAGGGUUGGCGCAUGGAGGAUAGCCCUCUGCUGGCGGAAAGUGUGAGAAGGCCCCGCUUCAGCCUGUCCUCCUCGAUGCGCCUCACGGUGCCACUGCUGGGCUUGCUGCUGAUCAGCCGAUGGGCUCCCUCGGGUGCGGUGAGCUUGCUGCAGCACCAUAGCCAGGUCGCUCUGUUGGAGGAGGAGCUGACGGACGAGGCGCAGAGUGUGGAACUCCUGCGCUUCAUAACGCCCUACAAGACCGAGGUAGAGGCCAUUGUGGAUGUCACUGGCUAUGCCCAGCUGCUGAAGGACGUUUUGGCCGCUGAGAAGGAGCUCCGCUUCUAUGUGGGCAUUGACACCUGGGUGGGCAACGACACGCGGUACCAGGUGCUCUACUUCAAUAACGUCACGGGCAGAUGUCAAGCUGUCUGGUCCUCCCAGGGAAACGCGUGGAAUGUCAGUCUGGACCUGAUCGCUUGGCCACGUACCUCCAGCGUCCCAAUCCAGCCGCGAGACACCAUCCUACUGGCAGAGAGUUUCCCCAACCCCUUGCUGCAGAUCGGCCAGUUCCAAGUCUUCGAGGCCUCGCUGCGCAGCUCCGAGCUCGCGCUCCCCGAGCCCCGGAGCCUCUUCGACGCGCACGAGAUCUCCUCUGCCGUCGUCUACCCCUGCGAGGGCGUGGAACAGUUCCAGCGAGGCGCCUCUUUGGGGUUCCUGGCGCAGCAGGCGGAGGACAUGGUGCUGAGGCGGCCAAUGAUCAAUGCGGAGGUCUUGCACAAUAUAUCCGUGGAUCUGGAAAAGCUGUUCCUUUCGACCAUGGUCUCCAGCAAGAUGAUCACUGCAAAGAUUCUCAACCCAGGCAACGAGCCUGGUAGCUACCUAGAUGUCUCUCUGAGUUCUGCCGGGAACCUCUCAGAGGGUUUGCCCGUGUUCUUUGCCAGCGGCGCCGUUGUGACGGACGCGCGUUAUACCGCCUACCUUUGGAUGAACAUGUCCAUGGCCUUCGAGCCGAUCGGCUUUGUGAAGAAGGUUCUGAACGCUACGCACUUCCGGAUGAAUGUCACCUUGGCUCAAUGCUUCCAUCACCUCAACUCCAGCUCUUUACCCCAGCUGCAGGUCCCGAAGGACGACCGCGUUUUGCCAGAGGCGCUCUCUCGGCUGCGCACGGCGGCUGGUCAGGGCAUCGACUCAGGCCUAGCGCUGAGGAAGGAGCAGAAGACACCGAAGCAGGAGCUGCGGGUCUUGAACGCAGCGGGGACGGAGGUUUCGCCCAUCGCCACGGUGCGUGCCCAGUCCGGCUCCAACUCGAGCGACGCCUCUAGAUCAGGCCAAAAGGUUUGCGUGGUGAAGCAGAACCGGCAAGGCCACGUCUUCACCCGGAGUUUUACUGCUACGCUUUCACAAGGGGAGCGGGGGGUGCUGCACUUCACUGCCACGGGCCACGGCUGGGCCGCCACGUCUGAGCAGUGCGGGGAGUACUGCCACGCGGUGUACCACCUGCGCCUGAACGGCAAGGAGGUGGCCAAUGUCACCCAGUGGCGCGACGAUUGCUACCUGAACCCCACUGGCCCGGCUCAGCACGGGACGUGGUAUGAGAGCCGCAAUGGUUGGUGCCCCGGGUCCGUGGAGCCGGGGAUCUAUCUGGACGUCUCGGAGUUUUUGGCUUCGGGCGAAAACGUCUUGGAGCUGGGCCUCACGGUGUGGCUCAACGCAACCCAUCGCUACGACAAAUAUACUGAUGUGGCCGGCUUCAUCCAGCAGGACGUGGCGAUGCUCGCCGUCAGCUCCAACCUGCUGCUCUACGCCGCGCCCGCGGUGAGCGCCGCGCUGGCGGCGCCCAGGGCCUCCUCCAAGGCGCAGCUGGCGCUGCGCCAGGGCUGCAGCGACCCCAAGGCGCUGAGGCCGCCGGCCAAAGUGCAAGACCUCGGAAACGACUGGCUGACCUCCCCAGAGGCACGGAAGGAGCAGAAGGAGGAGAAGAUCCCCAGGAUUCUGCCUGGCCAGGUGCCUUUCGAUUUCGAGGCAAGAGCGCCCUGGUACUUCUACAAUCACUCAGAGGAGAUUCUGCCAGGUGUGCCGGUUGGCGCCUCGUACCUGAACAUCCUAAAUGGGACCUUGGUGCAAUCCAACUCGCGCACCGUGUAUGGCAUGCUGCAUGAGCUGAAGCCCGCGCAGCAGCUGGCCUUGCGCCUCCGCUUGCUGAAGCCCGCGCACCUGGAGAUGGACCACUGGGACCGCGUGGCCUCGGUGGGGCUCAUGGUGCCCAAAGCGCUGGACCAUGUGCAGAUCCAGACGGCUCCGAGCCGGGAGCCGGCGCCUUCCAAGUAUUGGCGCGUCUGACGGUGGGCGCUGAUUUUGGCAGUUUGGCAUAUCCGCCUAGGCUCGUGGACUUGACUCGGUCACGUUGGGUUCGAAGUUGCCA